UAUCUGUCGGAUUCCAUCAUCAGUAACUUUUAUGCCGAUACUCCACAAGGUGUCAUAUACUGGUUGCAAGCAUCCAGGCGUAUCGUGCACAGUGAAUCCUAUUUUUUCCUAUUGGAUUUUACAUUUCCGCAGUCACCGUGUUCCGAAAGGGAGUUGGUUUCCCAAAUUAACAUCGCAACUAAAAAUAUCUUGGACGAUACCGAAAGUGUAUAGAACAUAAAGAAAAGUGGAUUACAUUUUCUUCUUACUCGAGCAUUUAUGAAAGAGGAUUAUGAAUGUGGACUAAAUCAAUUAAUAUCGAGGUGAUAGUAAUCUGCUUUCUAUCUAUCAUACCAUGGCCGGGUCCAAGCGUUUUCAAGAUAUCAUGCUCUCGAGACAGUUCGCGUGUGGUGCGCAAAAUAGUCCAAUCCAAAUGGUUACCGAUAUUGGAGAAGUACCAGGUACAGCUCCCAUUGGAAUGCCCAUUUCAUCCAUUGCGCGACAUCUUCAGCCCACAGCAGACUGCCAAACAGCAGAACCGUCCAAGCCAGUGGACCUGCGGGUUCUGUGGUAAAAGUUUCUUCGAAGAAAAGCAUCUCGAUAUGCACUUUGAGAAUCGCCACAAGAGCAAAAUUAACCUGGCAGAGGACGCGGUCUGUCUGGCGGAUUACUGUGACAUGAUGCGCUGCGAAGUGCUGAUAGCGAAGGAUGCUACGCUUUCGUUCGGUGUAGAUCCCAACAUGAUGUCGACCGAUAUCGAAGUGUGGAGUGAAUCGACAGCCUACCGAACAGCGCUGACCACAUCGGGACCAAGAGAUUUGGCGAAGGUGCCAGUGAAGAAAUCGUUUCUUCCAAAGAUUUUACAAACAAUUAAAAAUGAUUUUUUGAGUGACCGAAAAACGCAGACGUCUGCACUGAGUACAAAGGAGCGACUGUCGAACUGCGACGUUUCCGAGCAUCGAAAGCACCGAGUGAGCAAGCAUUCCAACAGUCCAGGCGAACAUGACCACUUGGUCGAGGAUAUCGAUGAAGACAUUGACGAAGAAGACGAUGAAGAUGAGGAUGAAGACGACGAGGAAGAUGAGAACGAUAACGAUAGCAAUACGACCACACAGUGUGAGCAAAAUCUGGUUGACUCUUCGCUACCGCCUGUCGAUCGAAAGCAACAGAGAUUAUCCGAAAUGCAACGAAUGAAGGCUAACUGCAAAGCAGAGGAGUUGGACCAGCUGAAGACCCGUUGCGAGAUUCUAGUGAGAGAUUGCAUCGUUGGAUUGCUGGUGCAAUUGUCUCUGGACGACUUUAAAAGUAUGGAGGAAGAGAUGAACCGAGCUGUCUGCUGGUACUUGACUUGCGAACGAUAUUGGGAGGAUGGUCCCCUCGACCAAAGACCUUUCCCAUGGGGGCUUGUUUUUGUACUGGUGAUGGUGUUGUCCUUGGGAGUAUGCCUGUGUUACUACAUUAUCUGGAUACUAUUUGACAGUGAAGACCAAAGUCCCAUGGGAAGUAAUCAGAUCACUGCUCAUCCCAGUCCAACCCACGGGCGGCACUAUCUGCAACCACAGUCGUCAAGCAUUUAUCAUCUCCAGGAUGGCGGUCACUCGGCGACCAGCCUUAACAGUCUUGGACAGGUAUCGAAUAUGAAUUUGGUAUCUACGGGCGUUUCGAGUGGAACAGAUCUGCAACACACGCCCCAGAUUCAUGCUACACAAGUACCGUACGGUGAUGAGAGCGGCUAUGGAUAUAGCGCGGGCGGUUCGAACGCCGUGGUGACCGAUGGAACGGGCAUCGCAACCACCUCGAUUGGUGCCGGCGAAUUCAGCGAAUUGGGUCAGAGUGAACACUACAUCUACGUUACCUAUCCGCCAGAACUGAAACGAAGACUUCUAGAAAGGAACUCAGCAUCUUUUCUAAGAAACUCCAAAUAAGUGGUAUAUGAGGGAUUUGAACGCCAAUCCGCAGCAUGCAACACAACCCUGCUAUGCAACUCUCUGUCCUCUAAUUUUCUUAGAUAUCUGUACGUCAAAAGAACAGAAAAAACCAGUACCACUUUGAGUCCAAAAAACCAGCAAAAAACAGUUAAACUAGUUAGUAAACCAAAAAUUUUCUUGUUCUUUUUUCUUGUUUCAUUGGUUUUCUUUUCUUCCUUUAGCUGCUACAAUAGAACGACCCGACUAUGAAAUUAGAUUGAGAGUAACAAUAGGAAUCAAUCUGAUUGAUUGAGUAAUGUUGAACUCACUCAUUUAGGAUAAUCAAACAACACAACCUGCUAGUAGUAGAACAGCUGUGAAAUUAAUUAAAGAAACCUUAAAUACUGACCCGGGACUGUAGGACUAAUUGUAACAAACUUAAAUCCAUAUUCAACAGAGCACAACAAAUAUGUUAUAAUAGGAAGGAAAGAAUGUCACAUCGAGAGCGCUUAAUGAAUGGGAAUUUUCAGAACGCAAUGCUUUAACAAAAAAAAUCGAAGAACUGUUGAACGAGGGUGACUUAAAUGACACUAAAUAAUAGUUUUCACAAUUUAGCACGAUUGUAGUAUUAUUAUUUGUAGAUAAAUGCAAGUUUCAACAAAUUCCUAGUUUGUAUUUUGCAAACUUCCCAAGUGUUUAUUUGAUCAAACCAAUAGAUUUGAUUGUAGACCAGAAGUUACAUACAUACUUUGUAGUAGUACAUAGCCAAUAAGACCAAGCUGAAAAGCCCACUGCGGUUUAGUUUUAAUAAACUUUCAAUGGUUCAGUUUUUUACGACUAUAAAGUACAAAGAGAAUGCUAGUAAUUCUGCUACAUACUCUCAUACUCGCUUCAAAAUAGGUAUAGCAAGAAUGAUAUCUUCGUUUUAUUUCCUCAAGUUUAGAUAAAGAGUCAGAGCGUGAGAGCGAAUUUUCUAGCCAAGCCUGCCCAAACUGAAUUGUACGAAUCACGUAAAAAGGAUAAUCAAUAAAUUGCCCUAUCUGUAUAGGGAGAAAAAUGCAACUCAACUCCAUUUUCUAUUGAGACUUUUUCCUAGUCCUUUACUUUGGUGACAUGUUUGACUAAAUCAAAUGAUGCGAUAGUAAAUAGUAAGUAAUAGCAGAAUUCAAGCAAACUAAACAAAUUGUAGUACUACGAAGGUUAACUAAUCUUUCGAAGCGCAGGUGGCUAAACAAUGUAAUUGAACAACUAAAUCAAUAAAAUUUAUAAAACAACUGUUGCACUAUUU